CUCUAUCUCUCUGUGUGUGUGUAUAUAUAUAUAUAUAUAGAGAGAGAGAGAGAAAUUGAGAGCUAAUUACAGAUCAAACAUAAUGGUACAAAGAGGCAUUCAGGUUAUUGGGUUGCUGGCAAUUUUGUGUAGCAUCGGAGGUGUAGUAUCACAUGGCGAUCAACCCUUUGCAAAGAUUUCUUUAAAUGAGACUCUGUUUGUUCUUGAUGCUGCUGCUUUUGUUAAAGCAUCUCCUUUGGUUCUAGGAUUGAAGGGGCAAACCUCCGAAUGGUUGACUGUAACGUUGCACAACCCAAACCCAUCCGUUGAUGAUUGGAUUGGAGUAUUCUCACCUGCAAAUUUCAGUGCUUCCACAUGCCUCCCUGAAAGCUCAAUGGUUACUCCUCCAUUGUUGUGCACUGCACCUGUUAAGUACAAAUACGCGAAUUAUAGCAGUCCGAACUACAAAGACACCGGAGAAGCAUCAUUGAAGUUUCAAUUGAUCAACCAAAGAUCCGACUUCUCUUUUGCAUUGUUCACUGGUGGAUUAUCGAAGCCAAAGCUUGUAGCAGUGUCGAAUUCAGUUGCUUUUGCAAAUCCAAAUGCACCAAAUUACCCUCGCUUAGCUCAAGGGAAGAUGUGGAAUGAAAUGACUAUAACAUGGACGAGUGGAUAUGGAGUCGAUGAAGCAGAACCUUUUGUUGAAUGGGCUCGAAGAGGCGAGGAUAAGCGGCGUUCUCCUGCUGCAACACUGACAAUUGACCGAAACAGUCUUUGUGGUGCACCGGCACGAACCGUUGGUUGGCGUGAUCCUGGAUUCAUUCAUACUGGAUUCUUGAAGGAAUUAUGGCCGAACUCAGUGUACACCUACAAACUGGGACACAAACUUUUAAACGAUACGCUUAUUUGGAGUCGGGUUUACCAGUUCAGAUCAUCUCCGUACCCUGGUCAAGACUCUCUACAACGCGUAAUCAUUUUUGGUGACAUGGGAAAGGAUGAAGCCGAUGGGUCCAACGAAUACAAUAAUUACCAGCGUGGCUCGCUUAACACGACCAAGGAACUCAUCGGAGACUUGAAGAACUAUGAUAUAGUGUUCCACAUUGGAGAUAUUUGUUACGCCAAUGGGUACCUAUCGCAAUGGGAUCAGUUUACUUCGCAAGUCGAGCCAAUUGCCUCUGCAGUUCCUUAUAUGAUUGCUAGUGGUAAUCACGAGCGUGACUGGCCCAACUCAGGAUCUUUUUAUGAGAACAAUGAUUCAGGAGGAGAAUGUGGUGUUUUGGCCGAAACUAUGUUUUAUGUUCCUGCUGAGAACCGAGCAAAGUUCUGGUACUCUACGGACUACGGAAUGUUUAGAUUCUGUAUUGCUGACACAGAACACGAUUGGAGAGAAGGAACCGAGCAGUAUAAGUUCAUCGAGCACUGUUUGGCAUCUGUUGAUAGACAGAAACAACCUUGGCUCGUCUUUCUGGCUCAUCGUGUUUUGGGGUACUCGUCAACUUCAUUUUAUGCCGCAGACGGAUCAUUUGGUGAACCAAUGGGGAGAGAAAGCCUUCAAAAGCUCUGGCAAAAGUACAAAGUUGAUAUAGCCAUUUACGGUCAUGCACACAACUACGAAAGAACUUGUCCGGUUUAUGAGAACAUUUGCACGAGCAACGAGAAGCACGCUUACAAGGGAAGCUUAAACGGGACAAUUCAUGUAGUUGCCGGAGGUGGAGGAGCGAGCCUUACAGAAUUUGCCAACAUCAACACGACUUGGAGUCUUGUGAAAGAUGUCGAUUAUGGGUUCCUAAAACUCACGGCUUUUGACCAUUCUAACCUUCUGUUCGAGUACAAGAAGAGCAGCAACGGUCAAGUUUACGACUCCUUUUCGAUUUCGAGAGAUUAUAAAGAUAUAUUAGCCUGCACAAUUGGCAGUUGCCCAACUACAACCCUGGCAUCUUAGCUUCAUACCCUUUUUUUUUAGUGUACAAAUCAAUCUCAGUUGGCCUCUUUUAUGUUGAAACCAUCUUUGUAAAGAAUAGUGUUGUUGCAAGAUACCCUGUUUGUUU